AUGGAUCUCGACUGCACCAGAAAGACAAGAUCGCCACCAGAUUGGUCUAAGCUUCCACAAGAACUCUUAGGGUUCCUCACGACAAAGCUUGUUUCGGCAGACACCAUUCGCUUUAAAGCCGUUUGCCCUUCUUGGAAUCGAGCAGCCACAUCUUACAUCUCUUCCCCAUCCUACAAUGUCAUGGAUCAAACUCCUUUGCUCAUGAUUCCUAGCAGUGACAAGCAGAACGAUCCCCAUACUCGCCGCUUCUUCAGCCUUGCAGAGAACAAAACCUUCACUCUCAGAGACGUGUUUCGAGAUUUUCCGGAGGCUUGGUGUGUUGGUUCAUCACAUGGAUGGCUGGUGCUUAUGGAUGCGACAGGAAAAAUGGAUCUUUUUAAUCCGUUUUCUGAAGAUAAGAUUGAACUCCCAUCGUUCUGCACUCUUCCUCACUUUGUCAGACAUGAAACUAACCCCGCUUUCCCCAGGAUGAAGGCCUUGAUAAUGAGGACAUAUAUUACGGGUAAAGUUGUCACUUCUUGUAACCCUUCUUGCAACAAGGACUUUGCUGUUGUGAUAACUCACAGCUUGGGAGGAAGGCUUGCAUUUUGUAAGGUUGGAGACAAUAGAUGUACAUGGACUGACCUAGGUGAGGAGUCUGAUCAUUAUAGUGAUAUUAUGUUCCACAACGGCCAGUUAUAUACAGCGACAUCCCUCGGUUCAGUUGGAGUUUGGGACUUGACGAAAUCUUUGCCAUCGAAAGUUCUUGAUCUUCACCCUUGUUGUGCAGACGGCCGGGAGAUUAAUAAACACUUUCCCUAUCACAAGUUUGAUGUUCAGCAUUAUUUGGUGGAGUCUUCGGGUGACCUUUUAUUUGUUUGGCGAUUUAUAGUGAAGAGUAUUGAAGUCAGAACGUUCCCACAUAAAACCGAGCACUUUCAUAUCUUUAGGCUGAGUUCCGAUAGAAAAGACUGGGAGAAAGUGGAAUAUUUGCAUGACCGGGCACUGUUCUUGGGUGGCAAUCAUUCAAUGUCAGUAUCCACCCUUAUCUUUCCUGAAUGUCAAGAAAACUCGAUUUAUUUUACAGAUGAUAAUUCUUAUGAGAUGGCUUUGAAGCACCAUGUUGAUGAUAAGGCAUGCGCUCAUGAUCAUGGAGUAUACAAUUUAGAAGGUAAGGUUGUCGAGCCAGUACCAGACAGUGAAGGGAAGAGGCAAAUUGUUAUACUGAAUUAUAGUAGAAGUUUGAAUCAGAUGAAGCCGAGAGACCGCAAAACUAUAGAUGCCUGUUCUGCAAUGAAGACUUUUGGCAUUAAACCUGCCGAAACAAAGAAAGCACUUAAGGGACUUCUGAAAUUGUAUGAUAACAACUGGGAGCUUAUCGAAGAUGAGAAUUACAAAGUACUCUUUGAUGUUUUAAUGCCAGAGGAAGAGGGAAUGACAUCACAACAAAAAGUUCCAGCACAUGUCAAAGCUGAAGCUUUUGAACUUCCAAUCAAGAGAUUAUUCACAGGACAAGAGGAAAAACAUGCAUCGUCACUCUCCAAAUCUCCCUUGGAUUCAAAUCCAUCAAGAAGAGCACAUCAGAAUGAUGGUGAUUCUGGUCCAUCUCAGCCAUUACUGAGAAGAUUCCGCCUAAGAUGCCCAGAAAAAGCUUUCAUCCGUGAAUCAAAGGAAUUGAAAUCAAAGAAGAAUGAUGCUCCACCUGAUAACAAUACUGAAGUUAUCGAACUUUCGACUAAGAGAUUAUACACAAGACAACAGAAAAAACAGGCAUUGUCCCUGUCCAAAUCAUGCAUGAGUGAUGAUGAUCUGUUUUCAGAUUCUGAAGAAGCUCAGCCACUACUGAAAAGGAGCCGCCUAAGUGGCCAGGAAGGAGAAGCUAUGGUCUGCAGCUCAAAGGGUGCGAUUUAUAAUAACAUCGAAAGUCCAUCAAUUGGUAAAACUGAAGUUGUUGAACUUCCAACCAAUACAUACACAAGACAACAAAAAAAGCAGGCCUCUUCUCUCCCCGAAUCUUGUGUGGAAACAAGUCUCUUGACAAUGGCACAUCAGAAUGAUGGUUUUAUGUUUUAUGAUUCUGAAGAAUCUGAAGAAAUUCCAUUACUAUCUAAAAGUAAUCAGGGGAGACACCAAAAAAAGGAUGUUUUGGUUCCUGGGAAUAAAUUGGUUUCUGGCAUUCCACCACCAACCAAAAGUCCCAUUGUGAUCUGUCUUGAUAGUUCUUCAGAUAGUGAUGUUUGUACUGUUGACGAAGAAAUAUUGGAGGCACAAAUAGUAGAGGCACUGGAUGUGGAACCAUUGACUGUGGACAACAUAGCUUGUCUUUCAGAUAUGUCAGAGAUGGAUGAUGAUGAAGACAGCUUGGAGGUACUGAAAGCAGAACCAUUGAUUGUGGACAGCAGAGGUUGUGUUUUUGAUUCAUCAAGAGUUGAUAUUGCAUCAUCUCUUUCAAAGGGGGAAGUAGAUAGUUCUCUGACUCGUAACUCUUUUCCACAGUCUGAUAUUCAUUUUCCAAUUAUGGAUGUGGUGGAAGAGAGAGGCAAUAAAUCAUAUCGCGAUCGGGAAUGCCUUUUGGCCAUAGGAACUGAUUCAAUUACUGAUGAAAAUGCAAGGUUCAGAGAGGUACCACAGCUAGAAAAGUCGAAGUCACAAGAUGUUCUUGCCAUGAAAGAUGAUUAUCAAGGCAGUAAUUGCAGUGCUCCAGGAUUUCCUUCUGAAGUAUUUGUAUUUCAGAAUCUUAUCAAGAUUGUACCGCAUAUACCUAGACACAUAGAUCUUUGUAGAUUUGGAUGUCUUCACAGUUUAAUCGGUUUUCCAAUUAAGGAUAUUGAGAAAGUUUUUGGUACAAGUGGAAAAAGAUUACAGGUUCUUCCAGGCCUAAAAUCCUCCAAGUUAUAUAAGGUGCAAACUGCUCAGAGUCACCAGAAUUCACAAGUUGUAAAGUUCUGUGUUUAUGUAGAUGACAUAGCAAGAGGUGAAGAAAAACUGAAAAUUCCCUUGGAGGGCGGAAGAAAUGCUGAAGAUCUGUCAAAGUUCUUUUACAUACCACAGAAUGUAGUUUAUAAAGAUGCCCACGUGAAUUUUGCACUUCGUUGUACAUCUAACCAGGCUUGCUGUUCACAUUGUUUUGGGAAUUGUCUAGCAUCACCAGAACCAUGUGCCUGUGCUAUGCAAAGUGGGGGUGGGUUUGCUUAUACACCAAACGGAACACUGAAAAUUACUUUUCUGGAAGAAUGUUUGUCUGUGAUCCACGAACGUAAACAACACCACUACUUCUGUUGUAAAAUGUGCCCGCUUGCGAAUUUUAGGAAGAAGAAGAGUUCUAAUGCAUGCAAAGGCCAUUUAUUACAGAAAUUUGUUAAGGAAUGUUGGUCUAAAUGUGGAUGCAACAAAGGCUGUGGGAACCGGAUUAUUCAACAGGGCAUUUCUGUCAAGCUGCAGGUGUUUUUGACUCCCGAAGGGAAAGGGUGGGGUCUCCGAACACUGGAGGACUUGCCGAGAGGGGCUUUUGUCUGUGAGUAUGUUGGAGAGAUAGUAACAAGCACAGAACUGUUUGAGCGAAAUAUGCAAAGUGCUGGUAGGAAGCAUACAUACACAGUGCUCCUAGAUGCAAACUGGAGUUCAAAGGGUGUCUUGAAGGAUGAUGAUGAGGCACUUUUCUUAGACGCUACAGUUUAUGGAAAUGUUGCAAGGUUUAUCAACCACAGAUGCUCUGAUGCUACCUUGGUUUCGAUCCCUGUUGAGGUGGAGACUCCUGACCAUCACUAUUAUCAUGUUGCCCUUUUCACAACAAGGAAUGUUGCUGCUAUGGAAGAGCUUACUUGGGACUAUGGCAUUGGUUUUGAUGACCUUGAUCAUCCUGUGAAGCCAUUUCAUUGUCUUUGUGGAAGCCAAUUCUGUUGUGGCAGCAACCGUAAAGUUCAGGCAUGAUGUUUUCUUAAGAAUUUCAUCUACUUGAUUAGAUUUUAAA